AUGGAAAGAAACACGAUCAGCCGCCUGAACACCAUCAUUCUACUGGCCAAAAGGAUCUUGGAUGUCUGCACAAACGACAGGCAAGACUUGCAAGACGACUUGCGCAUUCUUCAACGCAAGGCAGAUAACUUACCGUAUGUUGGCGGUCCGGACGGCAGUACAGAUCACAGGACGGACAGCGAGCUCGACGCUAUCGAGAAGCAACUACAGUCGCUCUCAGCUCCGAACUGCUCCUCGUCAGCGUUGGAGUAUCAAGUCGGAGUGAGGCAGGAUGGCGACGGGCGUGGUGAAGAGCUUAGAUUUGCUGUCGUGAUGGAGACAUUGGUUGUGAAGAUGGAGAAGAUAACGAAACGUCUUGAGAGACACCACGCAAAUACAAAGGGAACCAAUGGGCUUGACCGUCCCUCUCAAUUCAACACUAUCAAUUACGGCACUGGCAUCAUGUCGGUAACAAACAACAGAAAUUCUGGCAGCUCAGGGCCAGUCUAUUUUGGAGGGACACAGAUUUUUACAGGAUAUCGGGGCUAA